ACACGUUUAUUUCAGCCGCCUUUAGUAACGUCAGAAGAAGAGCUCUUCAACUGACCGCUCUAUACAAUCCUGGCAGGAUGUCAUCAGGAAGCUCCUCCAGUCUCGGCGGCUUUGCUCAGGUCACAGAUCAUCUGUUCAUCGGCACCAGCAAGACAGCCAGCGACUCCCGCAUCCUCCAGUCCCUCAACAUCACCUGCAUCAUCAACUCCACCCAGAACACACACAACAGCAACACACACCUGCCGUCAGCACACUACAUGCAGAUCCCCGUCCCCGAUGACCCCAGCUGCAGACUGAGUGAGUAUUUCCACAGUGUUUCUGAUAAGAUCCAGCAGGUCAGCGAGGAGCGCGGCCGUGUGCUGCUUCACUGUAAUGCGGGAGUGAGUCGCUCGGCGUCUCUGUGUUUGGCGUUUCUGAUCAAACACCACCGUCUGACGCUCAGAGAAGCUCACCAGAUGCUCAAAGCUAAAAGACCAAUCAUCAGGCCAAAUAAUGGCUUCUGGAGUCAGCUCGUGGAGUUUGAGUUAUCAAUACACGGGAGAAACACUGUCAGGAUGAUCGACUCGCCUGUCGGGAUUAUUCCGGAUUUAUACGAGAUGGAAACUAGAGGAUUGAUUCCACUUUAGGAGAUGUAAGUUUGGUGUGUUUGUGUUUCUGUUAAUGUUGAUGUUAUGCAAUAAUUGACCAGAAGAUGGCAGAAUAUUAUUGAGGAUGGCAGCAGGUUUUAUUUAUUAAAGGGUUCGUUCACUCAAAAAUUUUAAUUAUAUCAGUUUCCUACGAGCUUGUGGGUUUUUUAUGAUUAAGUAUUUUAAUUUUUUUAAUACUGUGCCAAAUUUAAAAGGUGUCGCACUUUAUUUUGAUGGUCCAUUGGUUGAAUUUGAGUUACAUUGCAUCCAGGGGCGUAGCGACAGGGGGGACACGUCCCCCUCACUUUUCAGAAACAGGUUACUCUGUCCCCCGACUGGCCCACACGUUUUAUUUGACUUAGCGGCCGCAAGUGUUCUCUGAUUUGUUACUUGAUUUGAGUGAACGAUCACUCAGCCAAUCACAGCGCGAAUCUCUUGAGUGUCUGCCACGAGCUUCAUUCAGUCAAAGAUAGGGUUGAUGCGGAACGGAGCAACAGCUACAGCUGGGUAAAUCACGGUAAAUCACUAACGUUACAGAGUCCUACUUUUGUUCCUUUUUGAAGUGAGAACCGCAAAGUCCCUAGUGCUGGUGUCUUAUCUGGCGCUGAGCCAGAGAAAGACAGCGGGGUUAAGUUGGUUUAAUAUAUUAUAUGUCUGAAAAUACAAAACUAGCACUGCACAUGCAACAAAAGUAUAAUUCAGUAUAAAAUAUUUGCAAAUCGCUGUCAUUGAACUGUUGAUAAUAUUAAUGGCAUUUGUUUAUUCUAAAGCCGUAAUGAUUAUCCUCUAUAUGUUCACAAUGAAUAUGCAUAUUUAACAUUUACAUAAACUAUAUACAUACACUAAGUGAAGUUUCAUAAACUAAUUUCGAGAGGAGCACGUGAUAUGAUUGAGCACGUCUGGCCACUCAUCUGUAAUCAGUAAUAAUCCAAGCAGAGUGAUCCUAGUCUACUAUAAAUGGAUCAUUUUCUCCCUAAUGUUUUAUCUUCGUUUGGAAGAAUCCCCCCUUCCACCCCAUCUCCUCCUUUUCCUCCCUUUUCUAAAAGGGAAGCUCUCGAGACCUACCUGAUCUCGGAUCUCCUGAUAUGCUUAUCGACCGGGCGGGAGCCCUGGGCUCAAAUAUCUCCGAGCUCAGGGUUCUCUCCCGGGACAGCAUGCCAAACCUGCUUUAUACGCCAAGUAUAUCUAAGUGGGAACUCUUGAAAAGUAAUAUUGGAACAGAUAAAAAUCAAUGCAGUGAAAUGGGUUAAUUAGUCCUGAACGUUGUAUAUUUGUUGUUCGGUAUAUUAAACUGAGGUUUUAAUGUGGUUUGUAUGCUCUGAUAGUUUUUGAACCUGCAUAUCAAACAUUUUUGUGGCAUCAAUGUUUUUGGCUCAACAAUAUUGUUCAGGAAGAACGUUUUCUUUGGUGCCUAAGAGGCAAAUACCUUUCGUGAAAAACAACAACAACAGCUCAAACCUGCUCUGACCACUUCAGCUGGAAUAUUGCAUUGAGAGCCCAAACAAUGUAUGCAUGUAAAAAAACAUGACUUCCUUUCUACAUAACACUAGUUUUCUUCUAAAUUACUGAAAUUAAAUGUGCAAUUCUUACAGAUAAUUCCUGUACCCUAUCGUCAUUUGAUUGUAUGUAAAGGUUAUGAAAUGUUUUCAUAUUUGAAAGUUAUUUUUUGAGUUGAUGGAGUUUUAUUGGCUUUAGUCUUAGUAUUCAAUGCUGAGGUAGAGAUGGAAAAUACACUCACCGGCCACUUUAUUAGGUACACCUUACUAGUACCGAGUUGGACCCCUUUUUGCCUUCAGAACAGCCUUAGGUCACACUUUAUUUUGAUGGUCCAUUUUUUGAGUUUAAGUUACAUUGCAACUAAUUCUCAUUAGAUUAUAAGUAGACUGUUAGUAUAAGUUGACAUGUGCUUGCAAAGUUGCUUAUAGUCAGUUAAAUGUCUGUUGAAGGAGCAGUAUCAACAGAUAUUAAGCAGACAGUCUACUAAUACUCAAAUGGACCAUCAAAAUAAAAUGUUACCCUGCCUUAAUCCUCCGUGGCGUAGAUUCAACAAGACACUGGAAAUAUUCCUCAGAGAUUUUGCUCCAUAUUGACAUGAUAGCAUCACACAGUUGCUGCAGAUUUGUCAGCUGCACAUCCAUGAUGCAAAUCUCCCCUUCCACCACAUCCCAAAGGUGCUCUAUUGGAUUGAGAUCUGGUGACUGUGGAGGCCAUUUGAGUACAGUGAAGUCAUUGUCAUGUUCAAGAAACCAGUCUGAGAUGAAUGGAAGUAGCCAUCAGACUGUGGUCAUAAAGGAAUGGACAUGGUCAGCAACAAUACUCAGAUUAGAAAUUUGUGUUAACAAGCAGUUGGAGAGGUGUACCUAAUAAAGUGGCCGGUGAGUGUAUAACUUUUGAACAGUAUAACACAGGGGUCAGGAACUUUUUUUCUCAGCAAUGAGCCAUUUCAAAAUUUUUUGGCAAAUGAAUUUUUUUAAAGAGCCAUUGGGGAUAUAUAUAAAGCAUCACUUGUUGAGUAAGUCCAUGUAUUAAGAAAGGUUAAUUUAUCGAAUUUUCUUUCUUUUCGCCAUCACCACUCAUGAAUGUUGUUUGAAUUUACGUGCGCAAGGUUACCAUAGAAAUGUAAGUUGGUGUUGCGUUUCAAGUUAAUUCACAGCACCGCACAUGUGCAUUGGUUGAAACGUCCUUUUAUUCUUAUCCUUAUUCAUUUGGCUGCAAAAAUAUACAAUAAAAAGGUCAUUUUAAUUGUAUUUUCAAUAGGAAACUGAUUUUUAGCCACAGUUUAAAUUUUUAUUGAAGUGAGACAGCUGGAGAGCCACAUAUCUUUGGUCAAAGAGCCACAUGUGGCUCCCGAGCCAUAGGUUCCCUACUCCUGGUAUAACAGAAAUGAUCCGACGAGAUGAUAUGAUGUAUUUUCUAGGCGCUGGAAUGUGUGUAUUGCCGCCACUGGAUUUUAUGGACACGUGUUGGAAAUUCACACACCCUGUUGGUGAAUAUUUGUUAUGUGGCAACGCAGCAUUAAAGUUUGCUUCCUUUUCUUGA